AUGUCCGGCCGAUCGUCUGCCUGCAUUCUUCAAUUUAUCGCAACUAGUCGAUAUGAUGUCGAUUGCAAUUUGCACACCUUUGAUUUGUCAUUUUUUGGCGUUGAGCGGCUUUCGGACGUUGUACUGAAAUUGAAUCACUUGAAAAUACUGAAUGCAUCGCACAACCAAUUAAUCAAAGUCAAAGCAGCGAACUUCAUGCACAUGAGAGAGAUCGCUUACAUCGAUUUGGCAUGCAAUAAAAUAUACAGCGUGGAAUAUGGAACCUUUUCGACACUUCGUAAAUUGAAGACAUUGGAUUUGAGCCACAAUUUCAUUGAAACAAUUGAAAAUGGUAUGUUUCGGAGUAAUAGCAAAUUGAGUGUCGUGAAUUUGGAGAAUAACCCAUUUAAACGGGUCGAUGUCAAUGUUUUUAUGCUUUUGAAGAGAUCGACAGUGGUGAAUGUUUUGUGGAAUAAUGUGGUCGAAAUCAAGACAAGUUCUUUGAAGAAGUCGAUGCGAAUUGAAUUGAACGGAUCCAACGAAAUUAUAUUUCGAUUGGCAAGUGGUGGUUCCACGUUAAGAUGUCCGAAAGAUGUGUUUAAACGCUUGACUUACUUGAAUAUCUCCGGCAAUCAGUUGGAAAACACAAGAAAUGUCAUUGAAUUAUUGAGUUCUGUCAUUGAAACUUUGGAUUUGUCCGGAAAUAUUUUGGAAAAAUUCGACUGGGAACUCAUUAAACGGUUUGACAGUUUGGAAAAUUUGAAUUUGAGCCACAUGAACUUGGCACAUAUUGACAUUGGUGACACGCUUCAACAUUUGAAGAAACUAAAGAUUCUUGAUUUGUCCCACAAUCGAUUGCAGAGUUUCAACUUUGAGCCAGUGGUCUUCAAUGAGUUACGUACACUCAAGGUAGAAGACAAUCAAUUAAACGUCCUUGAAGGGGUCACUCAAUGGAAUUUUCCGAAAUUGACGACUGACUCAAAUUACAUGCGAAUAUUUUAUGGAUUUCAUGGGAAAGUGCCACUUUCAAAGUGGCUAAGUUUACAGUUGACUGAUGAUUCAUCAAAACAACGCAACGGAAUUAAUUGUAAUAAACAGGCGAAUGAGGAGAAAAAUACCAAAAAUGUUAAUAAUGUCAAAGAAAGUGAAGAAGAAACAACUGAUAGAGCAAAACAAACUUAUCAAACGGAGAUAAUCGAUCCAAACUCCGAAAUUGAUUCAAUGGCUGCAACCGAAGUGUAUGAAAUAGAGAACGGAGUAACGAUAAAAAUUGGAGGCAAAACAGAAACCAUUGAAUUGAAUGCAGAAGAAACGACGCAAAUAAUGGAAACCACAACUGAUAUCGACAUCACUUCGAACGACAAGAACGCAGAGAGUUUUACUUUGGAAAUCCAAAGUGCAUCCGCUUUCACUGAAAUCACAACAACAAAGGCCGAUAAAAACACACCAAAAACGGAUGCGACACUGGGCAUAGGCGGGGAACCGACAAUAAAUAUAUUGAUCAUAAAUGAGAUACAUCGUAUCGAUAUCAGUAGACUAACGCCGACCUCGGCAUCGAGGUAUUUACAUAAAGUGCCCAAGUCACGAGUACUAAAGUAUUUUCUGGCAAUAUUCUUGGUGAUAAGCAUCGUAUAUGUGAUGGUGAAACUGAAAUGGAUUCGACGAUUCAAAAGAAACUUGAAAAGUCAAUCGAGAAACAAUCACAUUCCGUAUCAAUUGGAUCAGUUGGGAAAUAGCUCAAACACAGUUGAAUUAAUUGAUCAUUUAGAUUUUAGACAGUUUAAGCAAUUAUUUGAUAGUAAUCCUGAAUUAACCACAAUUGAUGUCUCCUACAACAACAUCAACGAACUACGUCAAAAUGUCUUUAAAGAAGCGACAUUAUUGGAUACUGUGAAUUUGUCGCACAACAAGAUAUCCACAAUUAAGGAUGGAUUGUUUAUUAAUACACCGAAUAUUAAUAAAAUUGACAUGUCAUACAAUAAAAUCGAUGCAUUGCACAAAUAUUACUUCAAAGGACUAUCAAAACUGCGGCAAAUCAACUUAUCGCACAACAAUAUAUCCAUGCUGGAGAAGGAAUUAUUUGAUAUUGCUCCUGAAUUAAUCACAAUUGAUAUCUCCAACAACAACAUCAACGAACUACUUCAAAAUGUCUUUAAAGGAGCAACACAAUUGACGAUUUUAAACUUAUCAUAUAAUAAAAUAUCCAGUGUGGAGAAGGAAACAUUUUGGGAACUAAAUGAAUUAAUCACUUUGGAUAUGAGAAAUAAUUUUAUUGAAACUAUCAGUAGAUAUACGUUUCGAUCCAAUCAGAAACUGCAAACAUUACACCUGGAUAAUAAUCCAAUCAAACGAUUCAGUUACAACGUAAUAGGUGAUUAUACAACAGUAUAUCUUUUAUGGGAAAAAGUCGAAGAAUUCGACAUAAGUGGCAUGACACAAAGUGAUCCAAUUGAAGUUAAAAUAGAGAACGAUUACAUAGUUUUUAGCCGCAAUUAUAAUUAUAACACCAUGGAAUUCACAGGAAAUGCCGAAAAUAUAACUUACUUCAACGUUUCAAACAAUAAAAUACGAAACAUGGGAAGAGAAUUUUCAAAACUGAGUGCCAAAUUGGAGACGUUGGAUGCUUCAUUAAAUUUUUUUCCUGAAUUAAACGCUGAUAUAUUUCGCAAAGUUAUCAAACUAAAACAUCUUUACUUAAGUCAAGCAUCGAUUUUAAAUGUGAAUGCAAACACAUUUUCCAAACUUGGUGAACUAAUCACAUUGGAUUUGAGCUUCAACUUGAUUACAACAUUGAAUGAAGACUUGUUUGAAAAUAACAAAAAAUUGAAAAGUUUGUAUUUGGAGAAUAAUCCACUGAGGCGCGUCGAUUGCAAUAUUUUCAUACCAAUAAUGAACAAAGCUGUAGUAAAUUUUACUUGGGCUAAUGUCACUGAGUUCAGUACAAGUUGCUUCAAAAAUUCAGUCGAAUUUGAUUUGGAUCAAAGAGACGAACUAAUUGUUCGUAUGCCACAAAAGAGCUUCGAAUUUCCUAUAGGCAAGGAAAAGUUCCAAAAGCUUACUUUCUUGAAUAUUUCUGAAAAUCAAUUGAAAAACGCUCCAAAAAUCAUCGAUUUUGUGGGAGCAUCAAUCAAAACACUCGAUCUCUCAUCAAAUUUCAUUGGACCAAUUAUAGCCGAGACAUUCGAAAGAUUCGAAAAUUUGGUGUAUCUCAAUUUAAGCCACACAAAUUUAUCGAAUUUCGAUUUCAGCACUUUCUAUCAUCAAAUGAAUUUGGAAGUUCUCGAUUUGUCCUUUAAUCGUCUGCAGAAAGUCAAUUUCACUUUAUUGUACAGAAACUUCUUAAGUUUAGAAACACUUCGUUUGGAAGGAAAUGAAUUGACUGAGAUAAAUAGUGUGAAUCGAGCGAUUUUCCCGAAGCUAUCUGCUUUGGGCAUUUCAAAAAAUUAUUUCUCUUGUGAUUAUUUGGCAACGUUUCUACCACCAUGGCACGAUAAAGUAAAAUUAAUCAUUUAUCCAACGAACAAAACAAAUAUCGAAAAAGUCGAUUGUCAUCACGGACAGAAAUCAAAUACCAAUAUUGAAGUUACAACAAUGUCAACAACAAGCAAAAGGCUAACGUCUACAAUGCCUGGAGUUAUAACUGAAAAAUCAAAUUUAACAACAAUCGAUUUAAACGAAGAGUCAACAGAAAUGGAAAAUAGAUCGAUUAUACGUGUUGAUUGCGAUGUCUUUUCGUCGAAGAACAAAUCGGAAACAGGGCAAGUUUUCUGCGACCAUAUCGAAGAAAUUGACACGAGUUGCAUGGGAAGUGCAUUACAAAUCAACGUGAACAGCGAUGAUGAAAUAGUCAUUCCAUUAUCGCAAA